UUUGUCCUCGCUGCUCUCCUGAUUCUAAACACAGGGCUUCUUUCAUGUCUCCAUCCAAUGAGAGAAAGCUCGCGCGCGCCGCGGAGAGGGUGGGAUUUCCACUGCUGUUUGUGUUGCUUUCCCAAGGAAUGUGAGGGACACACCAAGCCCGAAUGAUUCUCAGGGCUGUCCACUAACUUUAGGACCUAGCUCGGCCAUGGAACUGUAGUUAUUUCGCGCUUUUCCCCCACUAACUGUAACUCCUCGGAUCCCAAACUGGCGACCUCACAUCUCCAGCUGGCACGCGCAAAUGAUCUCAUAGACCAGAUCAAGCUCAAAGUGUUUCCUGCGUGGCGGGGGACUGGAGAGGGUCAUGGUUGGGGCUGGGCUCAGUGUGUGAGGUGGGAGGCUGGGGAAGGGGGCCCGUCCCGGGGUCUGGAGUGUCCGCUGUGGUGCGUCCUGUGUCGAGGAGGCAAGGAGAGACUCAAGCAGGCCUGUCAGAGAGGGAGGGGAGCGCUGCGCCUGCCCGCAGACAUGCUGAGCCUCAGACUUCCACAGCUCUUUGACAUCCACCAGGUGCCAAAGGUGUUUCGAGAGGACGGCAUCAUGUCCGGGUACCGUCAUCCCAGGAGCUCAGCCCUUGACUGCAUUCUCAGCAGUUUUCAAAUGACCAACGAGACGGUCAAUAUCUGGACGCACUUCCUGCCGACCUGGUACUUCCUGUGGCGGUUCAGCAUGCUGUGCACUUCUCUGGACUUCCUGAUGGACAGCUACACCUGGCCUCUGCUCGUCUACAUGCUUCUGAUCUGCCUGUACCCCUUCACCUCCAGCUGCGCUCACACCUUCAGCAGCAUGUCAGCCGAGGCUCGUCACAUCUGCUACUUCUUCGACUACGGCGCGCUCAGCCUCUACAGUCUCGGCUGUGCUAUCACAUACGGCUCUUACGCGAUGCCCGACCGCUGGGUAAACAGUUGGCUUCAUCAGCAUUUCGUGACCAUCGGCGUCGCCAACUCGCUCUUCUGUACCAGCAUGUCCUGCUACUCCAGGUUCGUAGAGUUGCAGUUCCCACAUAAAAGUAAAAUCUUGCGAACGGCCGCGUUUAUCGUCCCCUUCCUCUUUGAUAGCUUCCCACUGUUCUACCGCCUGCUGUCGUGCUGUUGGGGGAGCUGUAGUCCCAGUGAAGCUCUGGCCAGCCACUCUUACCAUCUGCUCUUUGCGUUCCUCACAUGCUUCCUGUUUGCCUCUCACCUCCCCGAGAGACUGGCUCCUGGACGCUUCGACUACAUCGGUCACAGUCACCAGCUCUUUCACGUUUGUGCAGUGGUGGGCACCCAUUUCCAGAUGGAGGCGGUGUUGACAGACAUGGCGUCUCGCAAAGAUUGGCUGACGUCGCACUCCUCUUUACCUUCGUUUCCGGCCACUGUGGGGGUUCUCGUGCUGGGCGUCCUGCUCAACCUGGGCAUCAUUGGCAUCUUUAGCGCCGGAUUACCACGAACACCUCGCCAAAGCACUUCGGCCCACCUUCAUCAGGAGUAACGAGCUCUCUUGACCACUCCACACCUCACUGUGCACCUUUCUGGACGAUCGUGCACUUAUACAGUCACUUUCACUGAUACAGAAGCCUUGAUACUUUUAUACUGAGAAGCUUAACGUUUAUACAAUUCAAGAUCGUUCAUUUUAUACUCACGGUUUAUUAUCUCAGCCAAAAAUCCUAAAGAUAAUCGCGACCUUUCAGGAGUUAUUUGAUUUGAUUGUUUAGUCAUCGAUAUGAAAGGUUGAGGGUUAAAUGAUUUAGAUUUUUACAGGUUAUAUUCUAACAUAGCUUUUGUUUUGUUUUUAUAAACAUAGAUGUUUGUGUAACACUAACUGGGAAAUGAUAACAUAGCAUUAAUCAGGGAUUUUAUAUUUGCAUUAAUAUUAUCAUGAGUAACAUCAUUAAUAUAGUUAAUCCAAUAUCAUGAUGUUGCAUAUCAAAAUACACAAAAAUUAAAAUGACUUGCAGGUGGGUAAAUAAGUGUGCUAUUUUGAAUGCUUGUAUUUAUAAUGUCCCUUUUAAUCAUGAUUUAAUGGAACACCUUUGAAUAAUCUUACAGGUUCGGUAACUAAUGAAGGGCUGUUUUUAGAAAACAUAUUUUUACUACAGCACGUCUAAAUCUCAUUCUCCUACGUCUCAUGGGAUUAUGGGGCUGCACUGGAGUCCUUCACUCUCGUUUGGAGUUAUGUGUCACAUAUGUUUGGUAUUGUUUUGUUCAUUGCAGGUUUAUGGCAUUCAGUACACUCUGCUUCUAUUCAUACACAAGGUUUUUAUAUUUAAUUGCAUUUUGUUAAUGCACUUGUGGAUCCAGUGCAAACUCAAAAUAGGUUUUUCAUUCGUGUAAUUAGCUGCAUUCUGUUCUUAAAUCAGAAAUCAAAGCUAAUCGUUGUUGUUGUUGUUUGUUUCGUCUGACCUAGUGGUACAGGACAGAAAUGUUGGCUUGUAAUUCAGUGCAAUUAAUGCUGGGUAAAGGCAGUAGUUUUGGAACCUUUCUAACAAGCUCCAAAGGUUGGUCACUUGGUGGUAAAGAUAUUUUAAUUGGAGUAUAUGAAAGGGAUCUUGGGUUAAAAAGGAAAAGUAGGUGCUUCAGUGGUUAGUGAAGGAAAUGUCUAUUUGUAGUACGACAGCAGAAAUUGUGGUAGGUGUGUGUUUUUCUAGCUCCAGCCCCGCUGGAGUGUGUUGUUCUGCUCAAAGAGGUUUAGAUGUGAAUGUGACUGGUCACAAUAGUAUUUUGUGCACUAGAUUUAAAUGAAGCGUAAAAGGUUUUGGAUUCCAAAUCCCUGUCUGUUUGUUGGCCCAAAUGAAUGUAUUGCAGUUUUGAAAACUGUUUUAAAGCACCGUUUAAUGUUACGAAGUAGCAUUUCAAAAUUACCAAGGAAAUUGAAAUGAUUUAAUUUGUGUUUUUAAAUGUUCUGGAAAUGUUCUUUUUUUUUACUAUAAUGCUUCUUCCCUUUAAAUCUGAGAAUUGAAAUAUGCAAUUGUUAUCGCAAUGUCUUUUAUUUGCCAUUGUCAAUUUUGAAAUAUGUUUGUAACAAAUGUGAAAAAUAUGUAAGUGCCUGGAAUUAAACUGACUAACUGUUCACUGAA